UUUCCUUUAUUUGACUGUCAAUUAAUAGAAAUGGCUGCAAUGAACCCAGAAUACGAUUAUUUAUUCAAAUUGUUGCUUAUUGGUGAUUCUGGUGUUGGCAAGUCUUGUAUACUUCUCAGAUUUGCUGAUGACACAUACACAGAGUCAUAUAUUUCUACAAUUGGUGUUGACUUUAAAAUUCGUACAAUUGAAUUGGAGGGAAAGACAAUUAAGCUACAAAUUGAGCGUUUCCGUACAAUAACUUCUAGUUAUUACCGGGGCGCUCAUGGAAUAAUUGUCGUUUAUGAUAUUACUGACCAGGAUUCUUUCAACAAUGUCAAACAAUGGUUGCAGGAAAUUGAUCGAUAUGCUUCUGAGAGUGUGAACAAAUUAUUGGUUGGUAAUAAAUGCGAUUUGACUAAUAAACGUGCUAUUGAGACUAAUGUUGCGAAGGAAUAUGCUGAUCAAUUGAACAUUCCAUUUUUGGAAACUUCAGCAAAGAAUUCGACAAAUGUUGAACAGGCUUUCACGACUAUGGCAACUGAAAUUAAAAAUCGUAUGGGUCCACUGCAACAGACUGGGGCAAAUGCUUCUGCGGUGCGCAUUGGGCCGUCGCAACCUGUUCAGGAUAAGAAAUCUGGAGGAUGUUGCUAAAUAAAUAAAAGGAAGGAAGAGCUUGAAGAGAGAAGUUGUGACGAUUGGGGAGGAAUAAAAAUAUAUAUUUAAAUUUUGUGUGGAAAAAAUAAAAGGACUUGGAAUUUUAUGUAUUUUUGUUAAUUUGAGGGAUUGAAAAUGUUCUUUUCUCUUAUUUUAAUUUUUUUUGUAAUGAAAUCUUUUUUUUUUGAAAGUUUUUGGGGAUUUUCUAAACAUUCUAAGUAAUUUUGUGAAGAGACUUGAGAAAUUUAAUUUUUAAGAUUAUAAUUUCUCUAAAUCCUUUUACAAAUAAGAUUUCAAAACAAAUAUAAUCACUCCCUCCUUCCUCGAAUUUUUUGCUUAAAACUGUCAUUUUCCUCUCCCCAUAUAUGUGUGUGUUGUGUUGCAUCAUUGCUUUUCAAUUGUAUUUCCUAUUCUAGAAAUACCUUUGGACGUA